AUGGCGGCCUGCAUGGCGGGAAGCCACGGAAUCGUAAUGGGCAUGGCUGGGAGUUUUCGAGGCGCCAGACCGCUCCUGUCCGCGCCAGUCUCUGUUUUCUGCGUGGAAAUGCAAUAUCUCUAUCAAAAGGCGGCAUUUAAUAAUGUUCAGUUAAAUAGGAAACAUAAUAAAUUAGGCAAUGAAAAGUUUUUGAGUCCUGAAUUCAUUCCUCCAAGGGGAAGAACAGAUCCUCUGAAAUUUCAACUAGAAAGAAAAGAUAUGUUAGAAAGGAGAAAAAUACUGCACAUUCCAGAGUUCUAUGUGGGAAGCAUACUUCGUGUUACUACAGCCGACCCAUAUGCCAGUGGAAAAACCAGCCAGUUUCUAGGGAUUUGCAUCCAGAGAUCAGGAAAAGGACUCGGAGCUACUUUUACGCUUAGGAAUACUAUCGAAGGACAAGGUGUUGAGAUUUGCUUUGAACUUUAUAAUCCUCGGGUCCAAGAGAUCCAAGUGGUUAAAUUAGAGAAACGGCUGGAUGAUAGUUUGGUAUACUUAAGAGAUGCCCUUCCAGAAUAUAGCACUUUUGAUGUGAAUAUGAAGCCAGUAGCACGAGAGUCUGGCCAAGAAGUUCCUAUUAAUGAGUUGAAAGUGAAAAUGAAGCCUAGGCCUUGGCACAAACGGUGGGAACGUCCGAAGUUUAAUAUUAAAGGAAUCAGAUUUGAUCUUUGCUUAACUGAAGAACAAAUGAAAGAAGCUCAGAAGUGGAGUCAGCCGUGGCUUGAGUUUGAUAUGAUGAGAGAAUAUGAUACUUCAAAAAUUGAAGCUACAAUAUGGGAUGAAAUUGAAGCAUCACAAAAGUCCUGACUUGAGAAUUAAUUUGGUUCCCUGCAGGAGGAUAUAUUGACUCCCUGAGGAUUUGAGACCUAUUCAAUUUCAUUUAUAAGAACAUAGACAUUAAAUGAACCAAAUAUUAUUUUAUUAGUACUUUUUAAAAAGUAUAACAUUUGCACAUAAGUU